AGACUGCACUGUUGCAUACAGAAUAUUUCACCAAUCCUAUUCAUUGCUGUCUACUCUAUCUCAACAAACUUUGAAACGACUUCACAAACUAAACAAUUCAAACACCAGAGAUCAAAUAAUUUCACUGAAAACGACUGGAUCUCUGUUCUGAGAAGGAACAGGUCCAGUCAUCAAGUAUCACUUCCCUCAUUUUCUGUUCGAACCACAAAUUCAUAAAUCCUGUACUAUUAUUCUCAGUUACCCUGACAUUCGGUUGAGUGUUAACAUAUUUAUGCCUGCUAUCACGGACGCAUGUUUUAGUCUAAAAUCUACUCAUUGCAGUGAUCCGAUGUCACUUGAAACAUCGACAUUUUCAAUGACAAUAACUCUCAAUAAUUAUUAUGGACUCAUAACUGCAGAAGUGAAUAAAGAAGAAGGACAACGAAAGGAUUUCGGUGAUGUCUGAUGGAUGAUGGCAGUUCUUGCCGUCAACAUUUGCUCCUUAUUUGCUUUUGUUAGUUCCCUAAUUAUAUGAAUCAGUAAUUGUCACGGUAUACACGACAAGUUGUCUUGCUUAUCUGGUAAAACUUCAACUUUAAAUACCUUACAUCAUCAGGAAUCUGUGAUUCAAUGUUGAAUAUAUAAGUGAAAGAUGUUCUUGAAUGAAAAAGGGGUGGGAUUCUACCUUCGAUGAUUACUAAUCAGUGUCCAAUACAAUUAAAGUUAAUACUGUUCAUAACUGGUUGGAAUUCAUUUUGAAUCUUAACGAACAUGUCUGUCACUCGAAUUCUCAUCUUCCAAUCAAAUUCUAGUUGAAGUCUGUCAGUAGAAUACUCACCAGUAUAAAUACAGAUGGUUUUCAAAGGACGAAUUAAUCAUGGUGCGUCCUUCACUGUCGGUUGUCGCAGUCAUCAUUGUUCUGCUUCACUGUACCUCACUGGUAACAGUUGAAGGAUUCGGCAGUAGAAAGCAAGUGGACGUUUGCGCUGAUGCAGAAAAAACGAAGUUGACGAAAAGAAAAGCUGACAAUUUCAAUAGGAUUAUCGACAGUUAUAAAAAUAAUCUGAAAGACGUGUUUCCCAGUAAAUCAAACAUCACUGAUCAAUAUGUCAACUGUAUCAAUAAAAACUACCUAGAAUACUACAAACCGCACAUCUGCAACGAUGACCUUGUUCCGGACAUAAAAGAAUCUCUCCUUCGAUGCAAAUACUCAUCAGAGGGAAAUAAAAAAUAUGACUAUACUGGAUGUGAUAAGUUCCAGCCAUCUAUCUCUUCUCAAGAAUUAUUACCAUUAUAUGAAAAAAUCGCCGACAGACUAACGUCUGCUCACCAGUGGUACCGGACGAAACGACAGUGUUGACACGCCUGGUAUCAACUUCAUUUUCUCAUAAUUUACCAAUGAUUUAACAGAAAUGUAACAGCACGCCCUUCUCUAUUUAAUAAUAAUAAUAGUAAUAGUAAUAAUAAUUCAAUAAUAAUAAUC